AUGCCCGGAUUCCCCCGCGGAGAGGCGAGGGUCAGGCCUGGUGGCGUGGGGGUUCACAUCCAGACCUCACGGGCUCUCAUGGUGAUUUCUCUUCUCCUGGGCUUUUUCGGCAUCAUUGUGAGCGUGGUGGGCAUGAAAUGCACCAAAGUUGGUGAAGACGAUCCUGUGACCAAGAGCCGCAUCGCUGUUGCUGGUGGUGUCCUCUUCGUCCUCUCCGGUCUGUGCACGUUGGCCGCCGUGUCCUUGUAUGCAACCCAGGUGACCUACGAGUUCUUCAGAGAGAGCACUGUCCCCAUCAACGCCAGGUACGAAUUCGGCUCAGCUCUCUUCAUCGGAUCCCCUGGAGCGGGUGGUGAAGCCUUCAAAUGCCAACGUGCUAAUUGCCUCUGCCUCCUUGUACCUCGGCUGGACCACUACUAA